AGCCGGGAGCGCCCGCCUGAGGGUCCUGCCUCUGGAGCCGGGGACACUCCUGAGCCUGCGGGAGAGACUUGCCAGCGGGAGGGAAGCGCUGACUUCGCUGCCAGCGUGGACCCAAGUGUGCCAGGGGACAUCCUGCAGAGCCCAGCCCUGGAUUCCGACAGCGGAGCCGCGAUGGAGGAGAGGGAGCCCCCGCCGAGGGGCAGUAAGCCAGAGAUGACUGACAAGAUGUCGAGCUUCCUUCAUAUUGGAGAUAUUUGUUCUCUCUAUGCAGAGGGCUCAACAAAUGGAUUUAUUAGCACUUUGGGCCUUGUGGAUGAUCGGUGUGUUGUGCAGCCAGAGGCAGGUGAUCUUAACAACCCACCCAAAAAAUUCCGAGAUUGCCUGUUCAAGCUGUGUCCCAUGAACCGGUACUCAGCUCAGAAGCAGUUCUGGAAGGCAGCAAAGCCGGGAGCCAACAGCACCACGGACGCCGUGCUGCUCAAUAAACUGCACCAUGCGGCCGACUUGGAGAAGAAACAGAACGAAACCGAGAACAGGAAACUGCUGGGAACAGUCAUCCAGUAUGGGAAUGUGAUCCAGGUGGUGCAGCACGAUCCCUGCCGCGGCGGCGCCGGAUACUGGAACAGCCUCUUCAGGUUCAAGCACCUGGCGACCGGGCACUACCUGGCAGCAGAGGUAAACCCUGACUAUGAGGAAGAUGACCUGGAGUGUCAAUCCUCACUGGACCCCGAGCAGGACGCGGCGCGGCGGGGCCCGCGCGCCCAGGAGAAGAUGGCCUACUCCCUGGUGUCCGUGCCCGAGGGCAACGACAUCUCCUCCAUCUUCGAGCUGGACCCCACCACCCUGCGCGGGGGAGACAGCCUCGUCCCCAGGAACUCCUAUGUCAGGCUCAGGCACCUUUGCACCAACACCUGGGUUCACAGCACCAAUAUCCCUAUUGAUAAAGAAGAGGAGAAACCCGUGAUGCUUAAAAUUGGUACCUCUCCAGUAAAGGAGGACAAAGAAGCUUUUGCUAUAGUACCAGUGUCACCUGCAGAGGUUCGGGACUUGGAUUUUGCAAAUGAUGCAAGUAAGGUUUUAGGUUCCAUUGCUGGCAAGUUGGAAAAGGGAACAAUAACCCAGAAUGAAAGAAGAUCUGUUACCAAACUGCUGGAGGAUUUGGUCUACUUUGUUACUGGUGGAACUAAUUCUGGACAAGAUGUCCUCGAAGUGGUGUUUUCUAAACCUAACAGAGAACGGCAAAAGCUGAUGAGAGAACAGAAUAUUCUAAAGCAGAUUUUCAAGCUGCUGCAGGCGCCGUUCACGGACAGCGGCGAUGGGCCGAUGCUGCGGCUGGAGGAGCUGGGGGACCAGCGCCACGCGCCCUUCAGGCACAUCUGCAGGCUCUGCUACAGGGUGCUCAGGCACUCCCAGCAGGACUACAGGAAGAAUCAGGAAUACAUUGCCAAGCAGUUUGGCUUCAUGCAGAAGCAGAUUGGCUACGACGUGUUGGCCGAGGACACCAUCACAGCCCUGCUCCACAACAACCGCAAGCUCCUGGAGAAGCACAUCACAGCUGCUGAGAUUGACACCUUCGUGAGUCUCGUGAGGAAAAAUAGGGAGCCCAGGUUUUUGGAUUACCUCUCUGAUCUGUGCGUUUCCAUGAACAAGUCUAUUCCGGUGACACAGGAGCUGAUUUGUAAAGCUGUGCUGAAUCCAGCCAAUGCAGACAUUCUCAUUGAAACCAAGCUGGUCCUCUCCCGCUUCGAAUUCGAAGAAGUGUCAAGUGGGGAAAACGCCCUGGAUGUUGGAGAAGACGAGGAAGAGGUGUGGUUGUUCUGGAGAGACAGCAACAAGGAGAUCCGCAGCAAGAGCAUCCGAGAGCUGGCCCAGGAUGCCAAGGAAGGGCAGAAGGAGGAUCGGGACGUGCUCAGCUACUACAGAUACCAGCUGAACCUCUUUGCUAGAAUGUGCCUUGACCGCCAGUACUUGGCCAUCAACGAGAUCUCGGGGCAGCUGGACGUGGACCUGAUCCUGCGCUGCAUGUCCGACGAGAACCUGCCCUACGACCUGCGCGCCUCCUUCUGCCGCCUCAUGCUGCACAUGCACGUGGACAGGGACCCCCAGGAGCAGGUGACCCCCGUCAAGUACGCCCGGCUCUGGUCCGAGAUCCCCUCGGAGAUCGCCAUCGAUGACUAUGAUAGCAGUGGAACUUCCAAAGAUGAAAUUAAGGAGAGAUUUGCACAAACAAUGGAAUUUGUAGAGGAAUAUUUAAGAGAUGUGGUGUGUCAGAGGUUCCCUUUCUCUGAUAAAGAGAAAAAUAAGCUCACUUUUGAGGUUGUUAACUUAGCCAGAAAUCUGAUAUAUUUUGGUUUCUACAACUUCUGUGACCUCCUCAGACUAACCAAAAUCCUCCUUGCUAUAUUAGACUGUGUGCACAUCACUACCAUCUUCCCUAUUACCAAGAUGGCAAAAGGCGAGGAAAGCAAAGGGAGCAAUGUGAUGAGGUCAAUCCAUGGAGUGGGAGAGCUGAUGACCCAGGUGGUGCUCAGAGGGGGGGGGUUCCUGCCCAUGACUCCGCUCGCUGCUGCUCCCGAGGGGAACGUCAAGCAGAGUGAGCCGGAGAAGGAGGACAUCCUGGUCAUGGACACCAAGCUGAAGAUCAUUGAAAUACUUCAGCUCGUGUUCUCAGGAGCCCUGGACUUCGAACAUAUCGAGGAACAAGCUGAGGGGAUCUUUGGAGGAAGUGAGGAGAACACACCUCUGGAUUUGGAUGAUCACGGUGGCAGAACAUUUCUCCGAGUUCUGUUGCACUUAACCAUGCAUGAUUACCCUCCCCUGGUGUCUGGAGCACUGCAGCUCCUCUUCAGGCACUUCAGCCAGAGACAAGAAGUCCUUCAAGCUUUCAAGCAGGUUCAACUGCUUGUUACCAGCCAAGAUGUUGACAACUACAAGCAGAUCAAACAAGACUUGGACCAGCUGAGGUCAAUAGUGGAGAAGUCGGAGCUGUGGGUGUACAAAGGCCAAGGUCCUGACGAGGCCAUGGACAGUGUGCCAGGUGAAAACGAGCACAAGAAGAAAGAGGAAGGUCACAGCAAGUCCCAAAAGCCUGAAAGUACUAGCAGCUACAACUACCGGGUAGUAAAAGAGAUCCUGCUGCGGCUCAGCAAGCUCUGUGUGCAGGAAGGGGCCUCGGUGAGGAAGAGCCGGAAGCAGCAGCAGCGACUCCUGCGGAACAUGGGAGCCCACGCCGUGGUGCUGGAGCUGCUGCAGAUCCCCUACGAGAAGGCUGAAGACACGAGGAUGCAGGAGAUAAUGAAGCUUGCACACGAGUUUUUGCAGAACUUCUGCGCUGGGAACCAACAGAAUCAGGCCUUGCUGCACAAGCACAUAAACCUGUUCCUUAACCCAGGGAUUCUGGAAGCAGUGACAAUGCAGCACAUUUUCAUGAACAACUUCCAGCUCUGCAGCGAGAUCAACGAGCGCGUCGUUCAGCACUUCGUCCACUGCAUCGAAACCCACGGCAGGAACGUUCAGUACAUCAAGUUCCUGCAGACAAUCGUCAAGGCAGAGGGGAAGUUCAUUAAGAAAUGCCAGGAUAUGGUAAUGGCUGAGCUGGUGAACGCAGGAGAAGAUGUGCUGGUGUUCUACAACGACAGAGCCUCCUUCCAGACCCUGGUGCAGAUGAUGAGGUCAGAGAGGGAUCGGAUGGACGAGAACAGCCCCCUGAUGUACCACAUCCACCUGGUGGAGCUGCUGGCUGUGUGCACUGAGGGCAAAAACGUCUACACAGAGAUCAAGUGCAACUCCCUCCUCCCCCUGGAUGACAUUGUGAGGGUGGUGACCCAUGAGGAUUGCAUUCCUGAGGUCAAAAUAGCCUACAUCAACUUCUUGAACCACUGCUACGUGGACACAGAAGUAGAAAUGAAAGAGAUUUACACCAGUAAUCACAUGUGGAAGCUGUUUGAGAACUUCCUGGUUGACAUCUGUCGGGCCUGUAACAACACCAGCGACAGGAAACACGCAGAUUCCAUCCUGGAGAAGUACGUGACGGAGAUCGUGAUGAGCAUUGUCACCACCUUCUUCAGCUCCCCCUUCUCUGACCAGAGCACAACCCUGCAGACUCGCCAGCCCGUGUUCGUGCAGCUGCUGCAGGGGGUGUUCAGGGUGUACCACUGCAACUGGCUGAUGCCCAGCCAGAAGGCCUCUGUGGAGAGCUGCAUUCGGGUCCUCUCAGAUGUAGCCAAAAGCCGAGCGAUUGCAAUUCCUGUGGACUUGGACAGCCAGGUGAACAAUCUGUUCCUGAAGUCCCAUAACAUUGUGCAGAAGACUGCCAUGAACUGGAGGAUGACUGCCAGGAACGCUGCCCGCAGGGACUCGGUGCUCGCUGCCUCCAGGGACUACCGCAACAUCAUCGAGAGGCUGCAGGACAUCGUGUCAGCCCUGGAGGAUCGCCUGCGUCCCCUCGUGCAGGCAGAGCUCUCAGUGCUGGUAGAUGUGCUGCACAGGCCUGAGCUGCUCUUCCCAGAGAACACGGAUGCCAGGAGGAAAUGUGAAAGUGGAGGUUUCAUUUGCAAGUUAAUUAAGCACACAAAACAGCUGCUGGAGGAGAAUGAGGAGAAACUGUGUAUUAAGGUAUUACAGACGCUCAGGGAAAUGAUGACCAAAGAUAGAGGCUAUGGAGAAAAGGGUGAGGCGCUCAGGCAAGUGUUGGUCAACCGUUACUAUGGCAACGUGCGGCCUGCUGGACGGCGGGAGAGCCUGACCACCUUCGGCAACGGGCCCUUGUCCGCUGGCGGCACCGGCAAGGCCGGGGCGGGAGGAGGAAGCUCCGGAUCGAGUUCAAUGAGCCGAGGGGAGAUGAGUUUGGCAGAUGUCCAGUGUCAUCUGGAUAAAGAAGGUGCAUCCAACCUGGUCAUAGAUCUCAUCAUGAAUGCCACCAGCGACAGAGUCUUCCAUGAGAGCAUCCUGUUAGCCAUUGCCCUGCUGGAAGGUGGGAACACCACGAUACAGCAUUCCUUCUUCUGCCGACUGACGGAAGACAAGAAAUCCGAGAAGUUCUUUAAGGUUUUUUAUGAUCGCAUGAAAGUGGCACAGCAAGAAAUCAAGGCAACUGUCACAGUCAACACCAGUGACUUAGGAAACAAAAAGAAAGAUGAAGACUCAGACAGAGAUGUACCCAACAGGAAAAGAGUGAGGGAGCCCAUGACCCAGAUCACGGAGGAGGUCCGGGAUCAGCUGCUGGAGGCGUCUGCGGCCACGCGCAAGGCGUACAACACGUACCGCAGGGAGGCCGACCCCGAGGAGCACUACUCGGCUGGGGAGGGGGCCCAGGCUGCAGCAGACAAGAGCAAGGAUGACCUGGAGAUGAGUGCUGUCAUCUCCAUCAUGCAGCCCAUCCUGCGGUUCCUGCAGCUGCUCUGUGAAAACCACAACCGGGAUCUGCAGAAUUUCCUACGCUGCCAGAACAACAAGACAAACUACAACCUGGUGUGUGAGACACUGCAGUUCCUGGACUGUAUCUGUGGGAGCACAACUGGGGGGCUUGGGCUGCUGGGGCUGUACAUCAAUGAGAAGAACGUGGCCCUCAUCAACCAGACCCUGGAGAGUUUGACUGAGUACUGCCAGGGGCCCUGCCAUGAGAACCAGAACUGCAUUGCUACUCACGAGUCCAAUGGCAUUGACAUCAUCACAGCUUUAAUUCUCAAUGACAUCAACCCUCUGGGAAAGAAGAGGAUGGACCUCGUGUUGGAACUGAAGAACAAUGCUUCGAAGCUGCUCUUGGCCAUCAUGGAGAGCAGGCACGACAGCGAGAACGCCGAGAGGAUCCUCUACAACAUGAGGCCCAAGGAGCUGGUGGAAGUGAUCAAGAAGGCUUAUCUGCAGGGAGAAGUGGAAUUUGAGGAUGGAGAGAAUGGGGAAGAUGUUGCAGCAUCUCCAAGAAACGUGGGACACAACAUUUAUAUCUUGGCUCAUCAGUUGGCUCGUCACAACAAAGAGCUGCAGAACAUGCUGAAGCCGGGAGGUCAGAUCGAGGGGGAUGAGGCUCUGGAGUUCUACGCCAAGCACACGGCACAGAUCGAGAUUGUCAGGUCGGACCGUACCAUGGAGCAGAUCGUCUUCCCCGUGCCCAGCAUCUGCGAGUUCCUCACCAAGGAGUCCAAGCUGCGGAUUUACUACACCACGGAGAGGGACGAGCAGGGCAGCAAGAUCAACGACUUCUUCCUAAAAUCAGAGGACCUCUUCAACGAGAUGAACUGGCAGAAGAAGCUGCGAGCUCAGCCUUUCCUGUACUGGUGUGCUCGGAACAUGUCCUUCUGGAGCAGCAUUUCCUUUAACCUGGCUGUCCUCAUGAACCUGCUCGUGGCAUUUUUCUAUCCCUUCAAAGGAAUUCGAGGAGGCACCCUGGAGCCCCACCUGUCCGGGCUGCUGUGGACAGCCAUGCUGAUCUCCCUGGCCAUCGUCAUCGCCCUCCCCAAGCCCCACGGCAUCCGCGCCCUCAUCGCCUCCACCAUAUUGCGGCUGAUAUUUUCAGUUGGUUUACAACCUACUUUAUUUCUUCUGGGUGCAUUCAACGUUUGUAAUAAAAUCAUUUUUCUGAUGAGUUUUGUGGGUAACUGUGGGACCUUCACUCGAGGAUACAAGGCUAUGAUCAUGGAUGUGGAGUUCCUCUAUCACCUGCUGUACCUGCUGAUCUGUGCCCUGGGGCUCUUCGUGCACGAGUUCUUUUACAGCCUCCUGCUCUUUGACCUGGUGUACCGGGAAGAGACUUUGCUCAACGUCAUCAAGAGCGUCACCCGCAACGGGCGCUCCAUCAUCCUCACUGCCGUGCUGGCCCUCAUCCUGGUCUACCUGUUCUCCAUCGUGGGGUACCUCUUCUUCAAAGAUGACUUCAUCCUGGAAGUGGACAAGCUCCCUAACGAAACCUUGCUGCCAGAUCGCACAGAGCCAGGUGAGACCAUGACUGGCGAGUUCCUCUAUUCAGAUGUCUGCAAAGCAGGGAGCAGUGAAAACUGCUCUUCCAUCAUUCCUUCAGACCAAGUGCUCACUGAAGAAAUGGAGGAAGAGAACAAGGAGCAUACGUGCGAGACACUGCUGAUGUGCAUUGUUACUGUACUGAGUCACGGGCUCAGGAGCGGGGGUGGAGUAGGUGAUGUGCUCAGGAAACCUUCCAAAGAGGAACCUCUCUUUGCUGCUAGAGUGAUAUAUGAUCUCUUGUUCUUCUUCAUGGUCAUCAUUAUUGUCCUCAACCUGAUUUUUGGGGUGAUCAUUGACACUUUUGCUGAUUUAAGGAGUGAAAAACAGAAGAAGGAAGAAAUUUUAAAAACUACUUGCUUUAUUUGUGGUUUGGAGAGAGAUAAGUUUGACAACAAGACAGUCACGUUUGAAGAGCACAUCAAAGAGGAGCACAACAUGUGGCACUAUCUGUGCUUUAUUGUGUUAGUGAAAGUCAAAGAUUCCACAGAAUACACAGGACCAGAGAGUUACGUGGCAGAAAUGAUCAAGGAGAGAAACCUGGACUGGUUCCCCCGGAUGCGGGCCAUGUCCCUGGUGAGCAGUGACUCAGAAGGGGAGCAGAACGAGCUGAGGAACUUGCAGGAGAAGUUGGAGUCCACCAUGAAGCUUGUGACCAACCUCUCUGGCCAGCUGUCAGAGCUGAAGGAUCAGAUGACGGAGCAGAGGAAGCAGAAGCAGCGCAUCGGCCUCCUCGGCCACCCCCCGCCCAUGAAUGUGAACCUGCAGCAGCAGCCGGCCUAGGCCAGGGGGUCCCGGCCCCUCCCCGACACCCAGAGCAUCCCCCAGCUCCGGGCCCACACGAGGCUGCUCCCUGUACCUUCUGUGCAUCCUGUAAAUACCCUGGUUUUAUACUGUAUGUAUAUGACUGCUACUCUAUCCAGCUUGGGGCGUACGGAGUGUAAUUAGAACUGCUGGCACGGGACAGAGGUUAAACUUUGUGCCAAAACUAUCAAAAUUGCCUUUUUCUUGGAAGGACUAAAGAGAGCACCUGAAUUGCACUUGAAAAGAUUAUUUGACUAUGUGACAUGUAUUUUGUAUUUAAAAGAAAAAAUAGAAUAGCUAGUAUUUAUGUUUUUAUACAAUUGUGCAAUAUGAAUUAUGCAAUCACAAUAUAUUUGGAACUCCUGAAUGUCCUAAAGGGAGUGCACAUCUUUGGAUCUGGUGUGUUAGUACAAUGUAAUAAAUGGUAUAAAAUUACAGGUGUAAAUGAGGCUGCUGCAAAAUUGUGUAACUGGUGAUUUUUCAUACCCUUGGACAUUUUUGUACCAUGUGUGUAAAUAUCUUGCAAUGCCAUAUCUGUUGCCUCUUCCUCCCAGAGAUAACGCUGGGACUCCGUGAGUUGUUCAAUUGGUAUCAGGUAAAGCAAAACAUUAUUUUGAAGCUUCCAAAUGAGGAAAGCAGAGGAGGUAUUUUUCAAGAGACUUCUUUAGAGUACUGAGGCUAGAAGAGCUCAGACACCGGGUUUUUUAAAUGCUAAGAUUUCUUAAAGGGAACUUUUUAUGCAAAAUGAAGUUUGGGAUGAGGAUGCACUGCUGGCAAGUCGGUGCAGUCUCCCAAAACCGAUCCUGAGGCUGUCCAGGCUUUGCAUUCUCAGUGUGUAGGAUCCUUUCCUUCUAUUUUUUCAUUAGAGACCUACGUGCCUGCUAAAGCUUUAGCAAACAGGCAUUGCACCGACUGAAACGUGUCCUGUAGCUGAGCACUGACGUGUGUAAUGCUUGUGUGAGAGCCACUGGUUUGAGGCUGGUCUGUCCCACCCCUUCCUCUCCCUUUCCCUUUCCAUUCAGUCACUUACUUUGGUUUCUGAUUCUCCAGAGUGUGAAAGGAAACUUGUCGGGUUGUUGUUUUGGUUUUUUUUUUUCCUCCAAUCUGUUGCAUAGUUUUAUACAUGGACCUCAUUUUACAGAAGCUGACUUCUUGCAAUACUGUCUACAAAAAAAAAAAAAAGAAAGAAAAAAAGCUACAGACAGAGCUAUGAAAAUUUGUAAAUGCAUAAAUAUAGGUAUUUAAAUAAAUGAUGCAAAAUACUCUA